CAGUUGGCUGUCAGCUGAGUUACUACCUAGUACUAGUAGUAGAACUGUAGAAGCCUGAAGCCUACUAGAAGGAACUUUGAAAGUACCCUAAUCAGGUGAUAAGCGAAGGACCCACCUUUUCCCUUGCCCACACCCAACUUUGGAAUUGCGUAUCUAAAAUCAAUGGAAACUUUUCUGAGCCGAACUUGACAAAACUCCCACACAUUCAACUUUUACACUUCAAACCUCGUCACACCGAACCUCCCAACAGAACUCGAAGGCUCAGUCUCCGCCCAAAACCGCGGUUAAAUCGAUUGAUUUCUCGUGUUCUUCUCAUCUCUUAACAAAUCAACAAAAAUGAAGCACCUCGCAGCUUUCCUCCUUCUUGGCCUUGGUGGCAACACCUCGCCCUCCGCUUCCGACGUCAAGGAAGUCCUCGAGUCCGUUGGUAUCGAGGCUGAUGAAGGCCGCCUAGAGAAGCUACUGUCUGAGCUUGAGGGCAAGGACAUCAACGAGCUCAUCUCUGAGGGUUCCAGCAAGCUUGCUUCCGUUCCCUCUGGUGGUGCUGGUGGCGCCGCUUCUGGUGGCGCCGGUGCUGCCGCUGGCGGUGCUGCUGCCGCUGAAGAGAAGGCCGAGGAGAAGGAAGAGGAGAAGGAAGAGUCCGACGACGACAUGGGAUUCGGUCUGUUCGACUAAGCGGCCUUCACCUAAGGUUACGACAACGAAGUCAAGUGAAAUCGGAGAAGUGGAACAAAAAUGGGCUCUGGUGGUUAUGCAUGGUAUUCGGGGUGGAAUGGUCUACGGUCAAUGGAUUCAUGCAAAAAAGGGUUCUAUUAGGGCUAUCGAGACUUAAUCCAGUCCUGCUUCUCUGAA